AGAGAGGGCAGGUGGAAUGUAACAGGAUAGACUCGGCCGGCGCCGCCGGAGAUUUGGACGACGAACUCCUCGUCGUAGUGUUGAACCUGUUAUCAUUUCCUUCGAUUUCUAGUAAACGUGAUCCGUUACCCAACAUCUGGUAUCAGAUUCCAGUACCCGUUUCCGUUGAGCCGCUUCGCUGCGAUCCUCCCGAUCCCGGCGACCAAGCCCCGCCCACCGACUCCCAGUCGGCGGCGGCCACCUUAAAACGCCGGUCAGCCGUUCUGGCGCCGUCGUCCACCCAGGGUUUCUUCGCGCCGCUUAGGGUAGGCUCCAGUGGGUACUGAUUCGUUCAAAUUCACGUCGCCGCCACCACUGUCGUCGCCCUAGAUCACCUGCCCGACUACCUUCAGCGUCCCCAGUACGUGACCCGGGUUCAGAAGCAAGCCAUGGAGGUGGACAAGCAGGUCUCCGACAUCGCGGUUUCACUCGAGAAAGAUCCGGUCGACUCUGGAGGGGCACACCGCCUCGUUCGCUGAUCUGAAGACGUGGAAGCAGAACGUCGAUGCCAAGGUCUCUGAUGUCGAUUCCAAGGUUGCGGAUCUGUCUACGUCCGUCACUGAUCUUCGCCACCAGAUCGAGCGCAUCACGCUACAUCACCAAGACCAUGGUUCUGCAUACAAGGUGUUCGACACGGAGGAGAUCGACCUCACGAAGCCGGUUGGUGCUCAUCUGGUAACAUCUCCAUCUGGAGCGGCUUCAGGGCCUAAUGGCCACUGCGAUGCAACUAACAACCGGGGGUCUGGUUAUGGAGUGGUCACCACUCUGCAACCACCUCCGGUCACAGGUGCGAAUCUCACCUUUGACCUGAGUUUGGUUCCUGCUUUGCCCGUCAACUCUGUUUCUCCUGCUAGUUCGAAAGUUGCUGUGAAUUGGGCGUCGCUUAUGCCUCGCGUUGAUUUUCCUGAAUUUGACGGUCGCAAUCCUAAAAUAUGGCAACGCGAGUGUGAAUCCUAUUUCGAGCUAUAUGCUGUCCCUUUUAAUAUGUGGAUUAAGUUGGCUACGCUGAAUUUUACCCACUCUGCUGCCUUUUGGCUUCAGUCUGUAGAACCUCUCCUGCCUACAUACACUUGGAAAGAUUUUUGUACUGCUGUAGUUGAUCGAUUUCAGAGAGAUCAACACAAUUUCCUGCUAAGACAAUUCUUUCAUAUCAGGCAACAUUAUACUGUUCCUGAAUAUAUUGCCCAAUUUGAUGAACUGAUUCACCAGAUCAAAGCUCAUGAUCCUACUUUUAACCCUCUGUUAGUGACCAGUAGGUUCAUUGAUGGAUUGAAACAUGAGAUUAAAUCUGUAGUCAUGGUUCAUAAACCUCGUGACUUGGAUACUGCUAGUUCUCUUGCUUUGUUACAGGAGGAGCUUGUCACUGAUGUGUACAAACGAGACAUUAAGAAGACUGAUGGCUCUGGGGUGUUCAAACCUUUUCUGAAGCAGUCUCUGCCCAAUAUUGUUCCUCCAAGCCCUUCUACACUGUCUACACCAAGUGCUGUCUCUAGAAGUCCUAAUUAUUCUAGCCCUGAGGAAAAGCUUCAUGUGGAGUCAACUAAGGUACAAUCCUUUGAAGAGAAACUAGCUGCUGUUAAAGCUUACAGACGUGCCAAGGGUCUCUGCUACAAAUGUGGUACUAAAUGGGCACCUAACCAUAAGUGUGCACCCACAGUCUCUCUGCAUAUGGUUGAGGAAUUAUGGCAGCUGUUACCUGAAUCUCCUGAAGCCAAUCAGUCAGAACAGUAUGACUCUGGUGAGGAUCUUAUGGCUAUCUCACUCCAUAAGAAUGGGACUGACACACUUAAAACAAUUCGAGUAAUGGGCAAGAUUCUUGAUCAGCACCCUCUAAUCUUGGUAGAUUCAGGUAGUUCUAGCAGUUUUAUAGCUGAACAAAUGGCAGCAGCUAUACCUAGUUGGACAAUGCUUCAGACACCUCUUUCAGUCAGAGUGGCUAACGGAUCCAUUCUUAUGUGUACUCAUGAAAUCACUGUCCCUUACUCAUCCAAGGCCACUGCUUCUAUGUCAACCUCAAGAUUUUACCUCUCCAAUGUUAUGAUAUUGUGUUAGGUAUGGACUGGCUUGAGUCAUUUAGUCCCAUGGAGAUACACUGGUCACAGAAAUGGCUUUCUUUCCCUUAUAAUGGCACUGAUAUCAAGCUACAAGGGCUUUUGCCUCAGCUGCAUAGCCUUGAAAUCAUUUCUGAUUCUGAAAGACAACACAUGGAAACUACAUCAGACAUCUGGUGUGUUUUGGAAUUAUCACUGAUACAGCAACAAGAUACACAGUCAUCUGUUAUUCCCGAUCAGCUUCAGCACUUGAUCCAACAAUAUAAACAUCUGUUUGACAAACCACAGGGUCUUCCUCCACAGAGAUCUCAUAUGCAUUCUAUUCCUUUCUUGCCUGGUGCCCAGCCAUUUAGAUUACGGCCAUACCGUUAUAAUCUAGCUCAGAAGGAUGAAAUUGAAGCACAGGUCAAAGAGUUUCUUGCCAAUGGCAUGAUUGUUCCCAGCUCCAGCCCAUUUGCAUCACCAGUGCUGCUGGUCAAGAAAAAAGAGUGGUGAAUGGCGUCUCUGUGUGGACUACAGAAAAUUGAACUCAAUGACCAUCAAAAACAGAUAUCCUAUACCUAUUCUAGAGGAAAUUCUUGAUGAAUUAGCUGGUGCAGUUUGGUUCACCUGUCUAGAUCUUCGAGCUGGCUACCAUCAAAUAUUAGUAGACCCAGUGGAUCAACACAAGACAGCUUUUCAGACUCACAAUGGGCACUUUGAAUACAAAGUUAUGCCAUAUGGUGUUACUGGUGGUCCUGCUACCUUCCAGCAUGUUAUGAAUACAAUCUUAGCACCAUUACUUCGCAAAUGUGUUGUUGUCUUUAUUGAUGAUAUCCUGAUCUUCAGUCCUACUUGGGAAGCUCACUUGCAACAUGUUCAGGCUGUCUUUCAGUUACUAGAUGAGCACAACUUCAAAGUUAAACUAUCUAAAUGUGCUUUUGCUCAGAAACAGAUUCACUAUUUGGGACAUGUCAUCAGUGCAGCAGGAGUAGCUACUGAUCCUUCCAAAGUUGCUGAUGUACAAAAUUGGCCAACACCCCAAUCUGUGAAAGUGGUGAGAAGUUUCCUUUGCCUGGCUGGCUAUUAUAGGAAGUUUGUAAGAAAUUUUGGCCUUAUCAGCAAAUCACUUACAAGUUUACUCAAGAAAGGUGAAACAUUUUGUUGGACAUCUGCUCAUGAGGAAGCUUUUCAAGCCCUCAAAACAGCUCUUAGUACUGCUCCUGUGUUAGCUCUUCCAGAUUUUAGUACAGUUUUUACCAUUGAAACUGAUGCCUCUGACAAAGGUAUUGGUGUUGUUUUGCAACAAGAGGGCCAUCCCAUUGCAUAUCUCAGCAAAGCUUUAGGACCUAAGAACCAACUCCUAUCUACAUAUGAGAAAGAAAGCCUGGCAAUCCUGUUAGCAGUUGACCAUUGGAGAUCCUAUCUUGAGUAAGGAGAGUUUAUAAUCAAGACAGAUCAGAAAAGUUUGGUUCAUCUUGAUGACCAGCGUCUCACAACACCUUGGCAACACAAAGCUUUGACAAAGCUACUGGGGCUUCAGUACAAGCUGGUGUAUAAGAAAGGUGUAGACAACAAAGCAGCUGAUGCAUUAUCUAGGGUACACCCUCAGACUCAUCUGGAAUUACUGGCUCUUUCUACUAUAAAACCAGUCUGGCUGCAGGCAGUCAUGGACAACUACCCUGAUACACAGAAACUACUUACUGCCUUAGCUGUGACCAACCCAUUUCAGUCUUAUCAGUUGAAAGAUGGCCUAAUCAGAUACAAAGGCAGAGUGGUUAUUCCUCCAGAUUCUACUAUUCAGAACAAUAUCAUACAAGCAUUGCAUUCCAGUGCUGUGGGAGGGCAUUCUGGUUUUCCAGUCACAUACCACAAAAUCAAAAGUCUCUUCUGGUGGAUACACAUGAAAUCCAUGAUCAAGACUUUUGUCAUGAAUUGCCAGGUCUGUCAACAGGCCAAAAGUGAGAGAGUCAAAUAUCCAGGUCUCUUACAACCCUUGCCAGUACCUCAGUUUGCUUGGCAAGUUGUUUCUAUGGAUUUUAUUGAAGGUUUGCCACGUUCUCACCGCUACAAUUGCAUAUUAGUAGUCGUGGAUAAAUUUUCAAAGUAUGCACAUUUCCUGCCACUAUCCCAUCCUUUCACUGCACACAAAGUGGCCUUGCUGUAUAUGGAUCAAGUGUUUAAAUUACAUGGCUUGCCUGAGUCUAUCAUCUCAGACCGUGAUAAAGUCUUUACUAGUACUCUGUGGCAAGAAUUAUUCAAACUAGCAGAUACUAAGCUCUUGAUGAGCACAGCUUAUCACCCACAAACCGAUGGGCAAACCGAAAGGGUCAAUCAAUGUCUGGAAGCAUAUCUCAGGUGCUUUGUCCACUUUUGCCCCACCAAAUGGAAGGAAUGGCUUUCUUUGGCAGAGUUCUGGUAUAAUACAAGCUAUCAUUCUAGCCUUGGCAAAACACCCUUUGAAGUCCUUUAUGGUCAGAAACCCAGGCAUUUGGGCAUUGAUGUUGUGGAAUCUUGUGCAGUUCCUGAUCUCCAAAUGUGGCUCAAAGACAGAAAACUGAUGGUUCAGUUAUUGCAACAACAUCUAGCACGAGUUCAACUUCGACAGAAGCAACAAGCUGAUAAGAACAGAACUGAACGUUCUUUCCUUGUGGGUGACAUGGUAUUCCUGAAAAUCCAACCAUAUGUGCAGUCUUCUUUACAAAAACGGGCCAAUCAUAAACUGACCUUCAAGUAUUUUGGGCCAUACAAGAUUGUGCAAAAGAUUGGAGCUGUUGCUUAUCGUCUCCAACUACCUGCUUAUUCUUCUGUACACCCUGUUUUCCAUGUCUCACUUCUGAAAAGAGCUGUGGGGGCGCCAAUUAUCAGGUCAGUUCUCAGUUACCUGACUUCAAUGAUGAUGUGCAAGUUCCUGUGAAGGUGCUGUAUCGCCGUGUUUAUGAUAAGGAUGAUGUCUCAAGACACCAAAUCUUGGUGCAAUGGUCUGCGUGGCCUCCAUCGUUGGCUACCUGGGAAUUUGAAGAUGACAUUAAGCACAGGUUUCCUGACGCUCCGGAUUGGGGACAAGCCGUCUCUAAAGGGAGGGGGGAUGUCACGGGCCCAAGUGCAUCGGCCCAGUCUACUACGGCAUCGCCCUCAAGUCCAGCCCAGACGCCAAGACGUCGUCAGCCCAACCCGAAGUACUCCGGCCCAAACUGGGUGCGAGCCUAGCACACGGCUUCUGCAACGUGAUGCGAUCAACUACUUAUGAACGUUGUUGGCGAGAGAGAGAGGGCAGGUGGAAUGUAACAGGAUAGACUCGGCCGGCGCCGCCGGAGAUUUGGACGACGAACUCCUCGUCGUAGUGUUGAACCUGUUAUCAUUUCCUUCGAUUUCUAGUAAACGUGAUCCGUUACC